UCCUCUAUGAACCACAUGUCUUCAUUUUGGAGCACUUUAGCACACGAGCAGGAUACUGCGAAGGACCUCUUCUUCUUCUUGUGAGGGAGGUUGCGAGCUAUGGCCACCGCCUCGGCAAGAUCUCCACUGCUGCCCUCUACGGCGGCGAGCUGCCACGCGCGAUCGAGAUCGAUGGGGGCGACGACGAGGAAUUGCUUGGGUUUCUCGGCCUCAAUCGCCAGUACCUCAGGUCUGACGAGAACCUCGCCCGCCGCAUUGAGGCCGGCGAUGCAGCCCGGAGCUUUGGUGGUGAAGGCGGUGUCGGAUUCCAUGGAGGAGGAGAUCUGCUUGAAGCCCGACGCUGGAGUGAGCGUUUUGGGGAUCAUUCUUGGUGGAGGAGCCGGGACACGGCUUUAUCCACUCACGAAAAAGAGGGCAAAGCCAGCGGUGCCACUGGGUGCAAACUAUCGUCUCAUCGAUAUCCCCGUGAGUAACUGCAUCAACAGCAACAUCAGGAAGAUCUAUGUUCUCACGCAGUUCAACUCGGCAUCGUUGAACCGUCACUUAUCGCGAGCUUAUUCCAGUAACAUGGGAAACUACAAGAACGAAGGAUUCGUGGAGGUUCUCGCUGCUCAACAAAGUCCCGAGAAUCCUAACUGGUUUCAGGGAACCGCUGAUGCUGUGAGACAAUAUAUGUGGCUUUUUGAAGAGCAGCCUGUGAUGGAGUAUUUGAUUCUGGCUGGAGAUCAUCUCUAUCGCAUGGACUACCAGAAGUUCAUUCAAGCUCACCGGAUCACCGAUGCAGACAUCACGGUGGCUGCAUUGCCUAUGGACGAGAAGCGCGCGACUGCCUUUGGCUUGAUGAAGAUUGAUGACGAAGGCCGGAUCACAGAGUUUUCUGAGAAGCCGAAAGGAAGUGCUCUCAAGGCUAUGGAGGUGGACACGACAAUUCUUGGUCUGGAUCCGGAAAGAGCUAAAGAGAUGCCUUACAUUGCAAGCAUGGGUAUUUAUGUGGUGAGUAAGGAUGUCAUGAGCAGGCUUCUUCGUGAUGAAUUUCCUAACUGCAACGAUUUUGGAAGUGAAGUGAUUCCUGGCGCCACACAGCUUGGCAUGAAGGUGCAAGCGUAUUUGUAUGAUGGAUACUGGGAAGACAUAGGGACUAUAGAGGCAUUUUACCAUGCCAACUUAGGAUUCACAAAGAAGCCCGUUCCAAACUUCAGCUUCUAUGAUAGAUCGGCUCCGAUCUACACUCAAGCACGGUUUUUACCUCCCUCGAAACUCAUCGAUGCGGACGUGACUGACAGUGUGAUCGGCGAAGGCUGCCUCAUCAAGAGCUGUAAGAUCCACCACUCGGUGAUUGGAUUGAGGUCCUGGAUAGCAGAGGAUGCGCUGGUGGAAGACGCACUGCUCAUGGGUGCCGACUUCUAUGAGACUGACGAGGAAAGAGACGCUCUUCUACUAAAAGGAGGAGUCCCCGUUGGCAUCGGCAAAGGCAGUGUGGUGAGGCGAGCAAUUGUGGACAAGAACGCGCGAAUUGGACAAAACGUUCAGAUCAUAAACAAAGAUGGUGUCCAGGAAGCCGCCAGAGAAACCGACGGUUUCUUCAUCAAUUGUGGGAUCGUGACAGUGAUAAAAGACGCGGUCAUUCCAAACUCCGUGGUUAUUUAAGCUGACUUGAGUUAAGAGUUUUCGUGGAGGGCGGGAGUUCGAUUCCUGUGGCGGAGGCUUUGGGUGGCCGCCAAUUAUGGCACGCCACGUACCACGUUGUUAGGGCACGCGACACGUAAGCGCGUGGGGGUUGUGUUUAACCAAAAUGGUUUUCCGUCUAAUUCUUAAAUUCUAUACCUCUUUU